UUCCUGCGGCUGCACACAAUUCCUCAAUUCCUCUCUCCCUCUACAGUAUAUACCGACGACGACUCGAAGAUCUUUCUCUUCCGCCGAUCGCCGCCGUGCCGACAGUUUGGAUGCCAAGAAAAUAGAGCAUAAUAAGCAGAGGCGAUUCUUAGCUGAUCUUAAAUGAUUACGAGGUCGCCUUCUUCUUCUGGAAGAAUUAACAUCGCGUCAAGCGCUAAGAAGCUUGAUGUCGAUCAUCGUUUUUCUCUCCGCGUUUACUUCCGUAUCGCUGAUAAUAUCCUCAGACAGGCUGACAUAUUUCGAGAGGAGGGGAACAUCAUAGAUUUAUAUGUUAUGCUCCUCAGGUUCUCAAGUUUGGUUUCUGAGACAAUACCAUGCCACCGGGAUUACAGAGUAUCUCCACAAAGCAACAAAAUUUAUCUUAGAAAGAAAUUGUUAAAUGCAGUUGCUGAGCUUGAGGAACUGAAGCCAGGUGUUCAAAAGAAAAUUGAAGAGCUGAACAGAAGAAGUACAUAUCAAGCAAAUAAAUGGAGCAAUCAUCAUCAAAAUAAUCUUACUGGGCCACCACAAGAUCUUCAUCUUGUCAAGAAACAGAAUUUUAGUAGUUAUGGAACCAAGGCACCACCCUAUGCUACACAAGAAUACCUCUGCCAAGGUCCAAGGUCUCAACAGCUAACACUUGCCAAGCCGGUAGAUGAACAGUUUCGCCGAUUGUCAAUAAGUAUGCCCCGCCCGAAGGAAGAAACUCUGACCAGGCAUUCUAUUUUGGGUCCAAAUGGACUUCGUGGGCAAUGGCAGCCACCUCUUAGCAAUAUGGGGGUGACUUAUCCAACUAAUAUAGAUCUCACUCCUGUUGAGAUCCCAAGAGGGAAUGGCCUCCAGCAGAUUGAGGGAGAUGGAGCUUUGAUUAAGAAAGAUGAUAGCAUUUCUUUGGAAAGACCAAAGCCAGAAUCAACGAUUCCAAUUAACAAUGACAACUCAAUGCCUCGUGUUGAGGAACCCCCUUCGUUGAUAUCUUUUGAAACAGAAGAAAGCCCUAAAAAUACACAAGUUACCCAACAACCAUCUCCUUCUCCUAUUCUUGCAGAAGUACAAGAUUUGAUCCCCCCACCUCAAGUGGUCAGACAACCAUCUCCUCCUCCUGUUCUUGCAGAAGUGCAGGAUUUGAUCCCAAAAUCAUCACCCCAAGUCCCUGAGACAGAAGGGGGAUUGGAUAAUCCUAUGCCUGAUAAUUUAGUCCGCUCUGAAGAACCUCUGCAAUUGCACAUUUCAACAGCUCUGAUGGAUAGCUUCAUGAAGUUAGCAAAGUCAAACACAAACAAGAAUUUGGAGACCUGUGGCGUUCUUGCGGGAUCACUAAAAAACCGGAAAUUCUAUGUCACGGCUCUUAUAAUCCCUAAACAAGAAUCGACAUCAGAUUCGUGUCAAACUACGAAUGAGGAGGAAAUAUUUGAAGUGCAGGAUAAGAGAUCACUUUUUCCCCUGGGUUGGAUUCAUACACAUCCCACACAAUCGUGUUUCAUGUCAUCAAUUGAUGUGCACACCCAGUACUCGUAUCAGGUAAUGUUACCAGAAGCUGUUGCUAUUGUCAUGGCACCAAAAGAUUGCUCAAGAAAUCAUGGAAUUUUCCGGUUGACCAAUCCUGGUGGUAUGACAGUAAUCAGACAAUGCCCAAGACGUGGGUUUCAUGCCCAUGAUCCCCCUGCGGAUGGUAGCCCAAUUUAUAAACAAUGUACAGAUGUUUAUAUGAGCUCUACAUUGAAGUUUGAUGUUAUUGAUCUUCGGUGAUAUGCAAAUCUCAUAAAAUGAUCAUUAAUUUGAGAAAAUAUGUGUUACCGUGUCGGGACUGGUUGGUGUUCUAUAUAGCGUGAAUACUUGGGAUGUGUCCUGCAUUUUGGAAGAGGAGUUCUAUGUCUUGUUUGAAUGUCCUUAAUGUGGUCUCAUAUGAUAUUUCUUUGUCCCUUACAAGCUUACCAGUCAAAUAACUUGUAUAGAUUGACGUUCUUUUCGACAUUAUUGCUUGUAAGUACAAGAAUUCAAGUUUGUAAUUAAUCAUUUUGUUUCAAUACAUCUACUUGAAUCACAGAUACUAUUUUUGGAGUGU